AUGUUCUCCAUACUUUUCACUAUCCGUUCGAGAAUCGGACCUGCACGCAUGCGAAAAAUGCAUUGCGCAUGCCCUGCAAGGGGGCCAUUGCCCCUCGGUGCAGUCCCAUCUCAUGUUCCUGGUCGGCCCAUCGAGCAUCGCCCAUCCCCUGUAUCAGAGGAGCCAUGUCACUUUGGUUCAACCCCUGAUCCUCAGCUUAUUCUCUUACAACGUGCCAAGGGAUUGGGCCCCAAAGAUAUUGGAACAAAGGCACACAUGAGGCAUUCGGAGUGA